CAACUUCAACCACGCAGGAUGCGGGGCGACGGCGCGAAAGCGGGCGGCACGAGGCGCAGCCGUGUUGGGAGUAUUCGCACGAGCUACUCGACUGCGAAGAAGGAGCCUGCGGCGAAGUCCCCGCUCGGAUAGCGCUGCAGUGGGCGAGGGGUUGCAGACUGCGGGAAGCGACAGCUGCGGACGCACCUGCGUGUCCACAUGAUCCACCCAUCGCGGUCGCCCAAGGCACGGACGAUGAGCGUCUCUGCCGUGGGGCUUCACGAUGGAGGCAUACCGACCACAUUCUUCCGUUCGUCAAAGCUACUUCUUGGAUCUUUGCGAAAGAUCGCAACGUUCCGAGUGCUCGCAGAGGUGGAGGUGAGCCAUGCACGUCGUCGAAGGGCACCCGCUGCUGCAAAAAGCCGAGGGAUUUGCGUGGCGCGACGAGCUUCGCGCGUACCUCUCGCUGGCGCUGCAGGUGGCGCUCGCCAACAUCACGCGCAUCGCACUCACGACGAUCGACUCGGCCUUUCUCGGGCACCUCGGCACCGAGUCGCUUGCGGCCGCGUCGCUGGCCACGAUCUGGACCCAAGUGCCGCUCUUCUCUGUCUGGGCCAUGUCCUCGUCGCUCAUCACGCUCUGCGGCCAAGCGUUUGGCGCACGCAACUUUACGCUCAUGGGCGUCUGGUUUCAAAUGGCGCUGCUGCUCGUCUCGUGCCUGGCUUGCUUCGUUGUCGGCUAUUACUGGUGCCUCGACCGGAUCCUCGUCCGCGCGACCGACGACGCGGUCAUCGUCGACCUCGGCACGCGCUUUAGCCGCAUUCUCUCGGGUGCCAUUUGGCCGACGCUGGCGUAUGCGUGCAUGCGGCAGUACCUCCAGGCCAUGCACAUUGUCGCGCCCACGACAGCGAUCGGGUCCAUCUCGAUCGGCCUCGCGAUACUUGCCAACUACGUGCUCAUCUAUGGCGCCGGUGCUUGGAACGGCCUCGGCUUUGACGGGUCGGCUAUCGCGACUGUCCUUGCGUCUUGGUUCCAGCCCACGUCGCUCUUCCUCUAUGCGUUUGUCUACCGCGGCUACCACAAGCAGGCGUGGGGCGGGUGGCACUGGUCGGCCUUCACGCGUGAUCGGUGGCGGCUCUUCCUCCGCAUGGCGAUCCCACUCGGCAUGAUUGACGGCUUUACGACGCUCGCCAACUCGUGCAUGUCGCUCAUCGCUGCGCACAUGGGCGCCGAGAUCUUAGCGUCGAAUGCGAUUCUGCUCACGCUCUGGGGCCUGCUCUGGGCGCUCUUUUGGGGCUUUGGCUGCGCGACCCAGGUCAAGGUCGCGAAUCAUCUCGGUGCGGGCCGAGCGGAUGCGGCGCGGGGUGCAAGCCGCCUCGGCUUUGCCACGAUUCUCGUCGUCGUCGGCGUCGUCGUUGGGCUCUUGCUCUGCUUCCAGGAGGCCAUUCUCGGCAUCUACACGUCGGAUGCGCACCUGAUGGCGCACUGCGGCUCGGUGCUGCCGCUCUUUGUGCUCGGCUUUAGCGUCGACGCGCUCGAGAUCACCGUCACCGCCAUACUCAACGGCAUGGGCCAGAUGCCGUUCGUGUCGAGCGUCGUCUUCACCGGUAUGUGGCUCGUGCAGCUACCUCUGAGCUACGUACUGGCGAUCCACUGCAACUAUGGCUUUGCCGGGCUCUGGGCCGGCAUCUGCGUCACGGCCGGCUUCAAACUGCUCGUGCUCUCGGCCAAGUACGCCUCCGUCGACUGGGACCGCAUGGCGGUGACGGCGAUGGCGACGAUGGCGGCCGAGGAUGAAGUGUGCAUUCACGAAGACGCGUUCGUCGCCGGGUCGCCCGUCAACGUUGUCGUUGCGGGCGCUUUGCCGCGCCGAUGGAGCAUGUCCUCCGUGUCGCGCACGAGCCUCGAUGCGUAGCCGUCGAUAGCGUUCAUAUCGUCGAGAGCUAUUAUAGUUGUGGGUUUUAUAGCCCAUGUACUAGAUCGUACUGUUGCAUGAACUGAGCGCCAGAUGGGUCG